UAAGGAAUCAGGACUGACAAACGGACUUUUUUUUUUUCAUUGCAUCAAAAGAGAUAGGGAAAUAGGCGGAUUAUUUCCCCCCUCUUGAUGGUAAUCGAGUCCUUGGAUUUUCAACGGUGACGGGGGCAAAAUGUCUGGGAUAUGCUCAGGUAUUGCAUAUUCCAUUCAAUCCUCCCGUGUUCUUCUUCCCCUUGCUUUCCUCUCUCCCUCUCUUUUUUCUUUCUCUCUACCCCCUAUCUCCCUAUUAUUUUCUUGUUCCUUUUUCUCUUUCACGACCUGCUUAUCUUUACUCUAAUGGCGGCGGGAGUAUGGAUGACUUUGAUGGUCCAUGUGUCAGCGACGAGACCAUUGCGAGAGUUAGAGAUACCGAGAGAGGGAGGACAAGGGGCUGAAUCUAAAAGAUGUAAUGGUGGUUUGACACGUGUCGGAGGAGUGAGAUGUGGGUGCAGCGAGACAUUACCUAAAAGCUUGUCCUAGAAAAAUCCGAAAAUCUUAUUUAUCUGCUACCUUGCUACUUCUGAUUCCCCGGUAGUUCGUACCCAGGCCAAAUACGUCCUUGUCCGUCCUUAGGUGUCUACUUCCAGGACCUAAUUCUGGCAUAAAGGCCUUAUACGUAGGCAAAUUGUCCAACAAGAUACCAGGCUGAAUAUUCCUUCC